AUGGGGUCAACAAUAGCAACAUCGGCCCCACAGUCACAAGGACCUCCACAUCAACCGCCUCAGCAGCCCGAGAAGAAGUUCACCACUGAAGAUGUGUUAGCGAGGUUUAUGAUCAAUACCAAGGCGAAAUUUGUGAACAUCAAUAAUCAAUUCGCUGAAGUGAACACUGUUUUGAGGAAUGUGCAAGCCUCCAUUCAAUCAUUAGAAAACCAGGAAGACCCUAAGCCAUCUGAAAGUGAAGUUGAAGGGGUAAAGGAAAAACAAGAUGAAGGAACCAUUCAACUACCAACACCAAGGAUACCCGAGUACAAGCCGGUGAUUCCCUAUCCGGCUAGGCAGAAGCAAGAUAAAGAUGAGGCUCAAUUCAAGAAAUUCCUCAAUGUAUUCAAGCAGUUGCACAUAAAUAUCCCUUUUGUUGAAGCAUUAACUCGGAUGCCCAAGUAUGCAAAAUUUAUGAAAGACUUGCUUACUAACAAGAGAAAAUUGGAGAAAUUAGAAACAGUUGCAUUACCACGGAACUGCUCUGCAAUGAUUCAGAGGAAGCUCCCUGAGAAAUUGACUGAUCCUGGGAGUUUCAUUAUUCCAUGUGUGAUUGGGGAAGACAUGCAAGAAAAAGCCUUGGCAGAUUCUGGGGCCAGCAUCAAUGUAAUGCCUUACAAGCUGUUUUUAAAACUGGGAUUAGAAGACAUGAGGCCCACAAGGAUGACAAUACAACUUGCAGAUUGUUCUAUAAAGAAGCCCCGCGGUGUUGUUAAGGAUGUGCUAGUUAGAGUAGACAAGCUCAUUAUCCCGGUGGAUUUCGUUAUUCUUGAUGUGGAUGAUGAUGUCGAAGUCCCAUUGAUCCUUGGGCGGCCAUUUUUUAACACCGCCAGCGCCCUUAUUGAUGUAAAAGGGGGGAAAAUGACAUUGAGAGUAGGGGAUGAGGAAGUCAUUCUCACUCUCCCCGCGGCCAUGAAACACACCUUGGACCACGAUGAUCCCCUCUACUUUACUGAUGAAACUGAUAUGAUUAUUACUGAUUGUGUGCAGGAGGUCUUGGCGAUUAACCCCUUGGAUGAAUUCUUGGAAGGAAUGGAUAGUGAUGAGUAG